UGAAACGCUCGGUGUUGUUGAACAGGAGCGACUGGGUGACGUCCUACAAAGUCAUGGUGAGCAACGACAGUCACACGUGGGUGACGGUGAAGAACGGCACGGAGGACACGAUCUUCAGAGGAAACCGAGAAAAGGAGAUCCCGGUGCGCAACAUUUUCCCCGCUCCGCUGGUGGCUCGCUACAUCCGAGUCAACCCUCAGUCGUGGUUCAACAAAGGCAGCGUCUGCAUGAGGGCCGAGAUACUCGGAUGCCCCUUGCCAGACCCAAAUAAUUAUUACCGCCGGCGCAACGAGGUCAUAACCACCGACGAGUUGGACUUCACGCUUCACAGUUACAAGGAGAUGAGGCAG